AAGUUUUUAUAAAGUAACUAAAAAUGAAUAAAACCAAAGCUAAAGGCCAUUCAAAAGGCGCUUCAAAACUUAAACAGAACGGAAUUCAACAGAAUUUACAUAAAGAAGGUAUUUCAACAUCUACAAAGUCUAGUUGUGUUGAAAAGGUGCCAGCAACAGGAAAAAAUGGUUUAAUAAAUGGAUCUAUUACUGAAAAAUGCAACAGCUUAGUCAAAAGUCCAAAAGCUAGUGAAAGAAAAAAUAAGACAAAAUAUUCUUCAAACAAAGAUUGUGUUUCAUCUGAUGUCACACAUAGUGAAACUAUAUUAAAUAAAAUAAAUUCCUUAGAUAAUAUUUGUGAUAAAGAAGGUGAUACCACGGCAAACAAUUGCAAUGACAUUUUAAAUACUGCGGUUAGGAGUACGAGCCAACAAAGUAGUGAGUGCAAUCAUUCUGAUUUUGAUCAUUAUGACGAAAGAGCAACAAGUGGAUCAAAAAUAUCAAUAGUGGAGGAGCAAAAUGCAUGUAGCAUUGAAUCAACUAGUAAAGAUGUCCCAAAUAAAACUGCUUUAAGUAUAUCGGAUCGUUCCAGUUUUGAAAUUGAAUAUCUUACAGAAGAAGUAUCAAAAACUAUUUUAAAUGAUGAAGAAAUUGUGGAGCUACAAGACGGUCAGGAAUAUUUAUCACCAGCAUUGGAUUGCUUACCCUCUACUUCCUUAGGAAUUAGGACAUAUUUAACUUUUCCUGCUGAAAGUGAGUCUAAAAUGGGAAAAAUGUCUGCUUCUGAUGACUACGUAGAUGUAUUGAAAAAAAUUGAAAUGCUAGAAGUUAAUCAAGACAAUUCAAGUAAACUAGGAUUAUCCAAUUCAAAUACAUUAGAAGCAGAGUCAAAGAAAAAAGAAAACGAAGAACUACCUCAGAUAGAAUAUGUUCAGUAUGAAUCUGAAUUGCAAAUGCCAAUGAUAAUGAGAAUUAUUCAAAAGGAUCUCUCAGAACCUUAUUCUAUUUAUACGUAUAGAUAUUUUAUACAUAAUUGGCCAAAGUUAUGCUUUUUAGCAAUGUGUGAAAGUAAAUGUGUAGGGGCAAUAGUAUGCAAGCUAGACAUGCAUAGAAAAGUGAUUAAGAGAGGAUACAUUGCUAUGUUGGCUGUAGAUGAAAAAUAUAGAAAAAGAAGAAUUGGUUCAACUUUAGUAAGAAGAGCCAUUGAAGAGAUGAUAAGUGGGGAGGCAGAUGAAGUUGUUUUGGAAACUGAAGUAACUAAUAAACCUGCAUUGAAAUUAUACGAACAAUUAGGGUUCGUAAGGGAUAAACGCCUGUUUAGGUAUUAUUUAAACGGUGUAGAUGCCUUACGGCUUAAGUUAUGGUUGAGAUGAAAAUAUGGAAAAAUUGAGGUGAAGUGUUCUGGCUAUACACUUGGAGCUUUUUAUUGUUGUUGGCUCAAUUAAUGAGGUUUUUGUUGGAAAAAUUAACUUGUUAUUCAUUUUUAUUUUUGUUAAAAGUUGCCUUAAAUUUUAAAUUGGAAGACUUCUAUUACAGCUCUUAUAAUAACCGCCGCGGAAACAAAACAAUUUCUCUGUUCACACUAUUACGCUACAAUCACUAUUAUACUUAUUGUAGAUGCUAAGAAAUACUUUUCUAUUUCAUUUUUUAUGUUAUUUUAAGCGCGUUUGAGUGUGAAUAGACUGCCUGAAGUUAAAAUUUAAAAGUUCGUCAAUAAACUUACGAUUAAUGGGGAAUAAUUUAUACACCAGCAAGAAAAAUGAUCAUAUUAUCUAUUAAAAUUAGUGUCAUAUCAGUAACUGCAGAAAAAGAUAUAUAGUAUGUGUCUGAAAUAAAUAAGUUUAACGAAAA